AUGUCAUCGACCGGUCCAUCGAACACAUCGAAGCGAGGUCCAGAUGCGCCCGUCUCCCCGCCGCCCUUGAAGCGGAGACUACAGAGUGGGACAACCAAAUCUGCUGUCGCGAACUUUUUCACCCCUACCUCCCAGAAACCGAAAGACAAGACGAUCUGGACCGAACGGGCGCCGGACGAUGAUACUCCUGCAACACUUCUUGUUGGCCGAUACCAACCGGAUAAAAAGGAGGCGGAGCCGCUCUCUAAGAGGAGGAAGAUAGCAGCCUUUGACCUUGAUUCAACGUUGAUUGUCCCUGCGUCGGGCAAGAAACAUGCUGAUAGCGCGGCGGAUUGGAAGUGGUGGCAUAACACCGUACCAACUAAGCUCAAGGCGCUAUACGAAGACGACGGUUACCGCGUCAUAAUAAUUUCGAACCAGGGCGGGCUAAAACUACACCAUGACCCGAAAUCUAAAGCCCCCAAAUCACAUUCUACGACACGAGUAACCGCGUUCAAGCAAAAAUGUAGCGCAGUGCUUAGCCAUUUAGAUAUUCCCACGACCGUUUACGCAGCUACUGGCAAAGACCUGUAUAGGAAGCCUCGGACGGGGAUGUGGACUGAAAUGUGCGAUGAUUAUGAUCUCACUCCACAAGACAUCGAUCUCGAGCACAGCUUCUUCGUGGGAGAUGCCGGCGGGAGGAUCGCGGACGUAAAAGGCGGUGACAAAAUUCUUGCGACGGUCAAGGAUUUCAGUUGCAGCGACCGCAACUUUGCUCACAAUAUCGGUCUUCCGUUCCUCACGCCAGAGGAAUUCUUCCUGGGACUCCAGCCGAGAGAUUUCCACCGAGAAUUCGACCUGGCCCAUUUCCCAUUCCCAGAGGAAGCAGCGGAGGACAUGCCUAUGUUCGAGAAGAAGAACAAGCUAGAUCUCGUCGUGUUUUGUGGACCACCCGGCGCGGGGAAGAGCACAUUCUAUCAACGGUACUUGGAACCGUUGGGUUAUAGGAGGGUCAAUCAGGACACGCUGAAAACGCGUGACAAGUGUGUCCAGGCCGCUCAGAAUCUACUUGGGGAGGGUGAUUCGGUAGUGAUAGAUAACACGAAUCCCGACCCCGAUACAAGAGCUGUGUGGGUGGGACUGGCAAAGAAGUUCAAGGUGCCUGUGCGGUGUGUCUGGUUCAAGACACCGCCGCAUAUCUGCGAGCACAAUGACGCCAUGAAUCCCGAAAGGCGUGAGGCGUUACCCAAGCUAGCUUUCAACUCAUUCAUGUCUAGAUUCAAACAGCCGCAGGAGAAGGAAGGGUUCGAAGACAUCGUCGAGGUUGAAUUUCGCUUUCGCGGGACGAAGGAUGAGCAUGAAAUUUGGGCUAGAUAUUGGUUGUAG